AUGAAGGAUGCUGAAAUGAAGACGGAGCUGUUUAACACAGCAAGAAGAUUCUCUACAUUUACAUAUGCAUUUCCUUUUACACCGAGAUUAGGUGUGUCAGAGGGAAGGAGAGAGGGAAGGAGGGUGCUAUUGAAGCCUUGCUUUUAUUCUGAAAUUCAUGUUAAUGAAAGGAGAGCUUGUGGAGUCAAAAUUGUGGUAUUAAAUCGUUUGUGCAAUUCGCAGGAGUUCACGAAAAUUUAUUCACUGCCUUUUGAUUUUUACUGUCUGACUGUCAAAACUUGA